AUGAUGAUGAGCCAACACCACCACGAACAAGUUUCGUCUCAAACCACAAAGUUCAAAUCAUUUUUGAACAACAACGCAUCGAAAGAGUUGAGAAGAUCACCCACAAAAGUAGUAAACAGAUUAAGUAAGAAAAAGAACGAGCACAACAACAGAAGAAAACAACAUCACGCUAGAAGAAGAGAUGUGACGAGAGCGUGCGGGAUCAUCGGCGUGAUGACGCACGAGAACAAAGUUUCCGCGGAGUUAUACGAAGGGUUACUGAUGCUCCAACACAGAGGGCAGGACUCGGCGGGGAUGGUCACCUCGGACGGAAGUCGAUUUAAAGAGAAGAAAGAUAACGGGUUAGUGAAAGACGUUUUUGAUAAAAGGACGAUGAACUAUUUAGACGGGAACAUCGGGUUAGGACACGUGAGGUAUCCUACGCAAGGCGGUUUAUCCGCGACGGAGGCGCAACCGUUUUUCGUCAACUCGCCGCUCGGGAUUUAUUUAAUCCAUAACGGAAACUUGACCAACACGGACGAGUUACGAUUGAGGCAUUUGAACGCGAGACACAUGAGAACGAAUUCGGAUUCGGAGGUUUUGUUAAACGUCUUCGCGGAAGAUUUACAGAGAGAAAUUAAUUUGCACCCGCUGAGAGACCCGCACGUGCAAAUGUUUGACGCGGUGACGCAAACGAUACAAAAAGUAAGAGGGUCGUAUUCAGUGAUUUCUUUGGUCAACGACGUCGGUUUAUUCGCGUUCAGAGAUCCGAACGGGAUUCGUCCGUUGGUUUUAGGUCAAAGAGUGAACAAAGAUGGGAAGGAUGAGUGGUGCGUGGCGUCGGAAGACGCGGCGUUUGGACCGCUCGGCUUUAAAUUUGUCCGAGACGUGAACCCGGGGGAAGCGAUUAUCAUCACCAACGACGGGAAGAUGGUGUCCAGACAGUGCGUGGCCGGGGACGCGUGUCCGUGCAUUUUCGAGUACAUUUAUUUGGCCAGGCCAGAUUCUACCAUGAAUGGUAUUUCGGUAUACGAAUUCCAACUGGAUUUAGGUCGAAGAUUGGCGCAACACAUCACCGAGCGAGGGUGGGACAUCGACGUCGUCGUCCCUGUUCCAGACGGGAGUCGCCCGUCUGCGAUUGAAAUCGCGAGCGCGUUGAAUUUACCCUACCGAGAAGGUUUAGUCAAGAACCGAUACGUCGGGAGAACGUUCAUUAUGCCAGAUCAAAGAACGAGAGAGUUAUCGGUGAGACGAAAAUUAAACGCCAUGCGAUCGGUGUUCAACGGGAAAAAAGUUUUGUUGGUGGACGACUCGAUCGUUCGCGGGACGACGAUGAACCAAAUCGUAAACAUGGUUCGAGACGCCGGGGCGAGUAAAGUGUAUUUGGCAUCGUCUGCACCUCCAGUGCGACACCCAAACGUGUACGGCGUCGACAUGCCGUCUCGCGAAGAGUUUGUCGCGAACCAACGAACGGAAGAGGAAGUGUGCGAAGUCUUAGCCGCGGACGGGUUGAUUUACCAAACCGUGGAGGAUUUGUUACAAGCCGGUAAGACCAUGAACCCAAACAUUAGCCGAUUCGAUGCGUCCUGUUUCGAUGGCGACUACAUCACGGGCGACAUCGACGAAGAGUAUUUGGAGGAUUUGUUAGCCGAUCGAGGUUUAGGCAAAGUCGGCGCGGUUAAAAGCCUUUGA